GCACAAAGCUAGUUAAAAAGUUGUAGCAAGUGGUAGGCAAUUGGGCAAUUACGAUGAACCUGUAACUUAUUUUUGAGCUAAUUCCAUUGUGUAUCCGACAUCGUUCGACUUUCUUUCCAGACGAGAAAAAAAGGGUCCAAAUUACUCACAUUUAUUCAACUACCAGUCUUGGAACCUACCUCUUAAGAAGUGCUACUCGUCCAUAUUCCCCUUCUUUUUUUUAUACUUUCCCUUACCUUGUAUACACAGGUAUCCAAAUCAAUCCCCGACUUUCAACUUGUUUCUUCUCUUUUCCCUCCCUCCCUCCCUUCAUCUUUAUAAACAACCUCCCCCCUCCCCCCUCCCCCACCUCUUAUUCCCACAACUAGGUUACAUACCUAGUCAAUAAAACACCCACAAUGCUUCCCGCACUCCGUGUUGCCACUCGUCAAGCUGCGGCUCGUCGAGCUCCGGCUCUUAUGACCCUCCAAGCUGCGAGAGCUGGAUCCACCUGGGCCAAUGUUGCCCAAGGCCCCCCUGUACGUGUCACCGAAGCUUUCAAGGCCGAUCCUUUUGAGCAGAAGAUUAAUCUUGGUGUUGGUGCCUACCGAGAUGACCAAGGCAAGCCCUACGUUUUGCCCUCUGUCCGCACCGCCGAAGACAACGUCAUUGCGAAGCGUCUGAACAAAGAAUACCUCGGCAUCACCGGUCUUCCCGAAUUCACCAAGUCCGCAGCCGAACUUGCCUACGGAAAGGGCUCAUCUGCUCUUGACCGCCUAGUCAUCACUCAGUCUAUCUCGGGUACCGGUGCCCUCCGUAUCGGUGGUGCCUUCUUGGCUCGUUUCUUCCCCGGUGCCAAGACCAUCUACAUUCCCACCCCAUCAUGGGCCAACCACAAGGCUGUCUUCGAUGACUCAGGCCUCAAGGUCGAACAGUACCGCUAUUAUAACCCCAAGACGAUUGGCCUAGAUUUUGAGGGCAUGGUUGCCGAUCUCAAGGCUGCGCCCAAAGGAAGCAUCUUCCUAUUCCACGCUUGCGCCCACAACCCUACUGGUGUCGACCCAUCCCCUGAACAGUGGAAGGAGAUUAGCAACGUCGUCAAGGCCCAAGGUCACUAUGCCUUCUUCGACAUGGCCUACCAAGGUUUCGCCAGCGGUGACACCAACAAGGAUGCCUUCGCUGUGCGACACUUUGUCGAGCAGGGCCAUGAUAUCUGCCUGGCUCAGAGUUUUGCCAAGAACAUGGGUCUCUAUGGAGAGCGUGUAGGUGCCUUCUCCAUUGUAACAGCAUCACCUGAAGAAAAGAAGCGUGUCGAGUCCCAGAUCAAGAUCCUCGUUCGACCAUUGUACUCCAACCCGCCUCUGCAUGGCGCACGCAUCGCGUCCGAGAUUCUCAACGACCCGGCUCUGUACCAACAAUGGCUAGGCGAGGUCAAGGGUAUGGCAGAACGCAUUAUCACGAUGCGUGCCCUUCUUAAGACGAACCUGGAGAAGCUUGGUAGCGCCCACGAUUGGAGCCACAUCACUUCCCAGAUCGGUAUGUUUGCCUACACCGGUCUGGACCCCGCCUCGAUGGACAAGCUUGCCAAGGAGCACAGUGUUUACGCCACCAAGAACGGCCGUAUCAGCGUCGCCGGUAUCACCAGCGGCAAUGUUGGCCGCCUAGCCGAGGCCAUCUACAAGGUCAAGGGUUAAACGGGAUACGUCUCGUUUUACGCGGAGAGCGAUGGAACCAAUGUUUCUAGGCACAGAAAACGCACAAGAACAAGGAUCACCUGUUAUUAUGUAAAAAACCGAGGGGAAAGACAAAAGAACCCAGAUUUGACAUGAGUGUACGAUGGAUGGAUAGACGAACGAAUUAAUGGACAGGCUAGAUGGUAAUCUAUCCCAUGGAGGAUAUCUUGCUGUAUCUUUGGAACCCCUUUUCCCCUUCCUCUGUCUUUUGCAUCUAUCCACUGAGAUGCCCUCGUCAGAGGUCAACAGAAAAUAGCCACCGCUGUGAUACCACCACCGCCACCGUUAGAUAGGCAAAUAAAAAAGAAAAACUCAUUUCAAGAAAG